GCACAAGCUCAGAGAGUGGAGGGAAAAGAGGGCUACUCCUCCUCACUCCUCCUCACUCCUCUUUCUCCAUUCACAGAGAAAGCUCUGAGCUCCUUCUUGAAUGGACCCCAUCUCUCUGAGCCAAAACUUAUUUACUGCUUUUGUGGACGAAAACUGAAGAUCACCACUGAUCAAUCUGUCUGUUUUUUUCUCUUCUUUUUUUCUUCUUCUUUUGCUGAGAAACUUGGCUGCAGAGACUUUGCUGUGUCGCCAUGAACUUCUGUACUUCUGUCAGACUUGAUGAGUUUCCAGAGCGCCUGUGUGUGGUGUCGUAGACGACUGAUUCAGAGAAGAGCUGAGAAAAAGAAGACGUACUCCUUAAAGUGACUGAAAGACUCCCAAGGAUUAAGAAGGUGGACACAGGGAGACGGAUCGAAUUUAAAAAUAGCCUUCCUUUAUCCCAGUUCUCUCCCCUGGACCGCGAUGGGUUCAGAUGUACGCGACCUAAACUCCCUGCUGCCCCCGGUCCCGGCGGGUCCCAGCCCUGGCUGCCCGGCCCUUCCCGUCAGCACGGCCCCUCAGUGGGCUCCUGUUCUGGACUUCCACACCGCCCCCUCCCCUUACACCUCUCUGGCUGCUCCCCACUCUUCCCUGGGGGCGCACUCCUUCAUCAAACAGGAGCCCAGCUGGGGGGCCGCUGGUGACCCCCACCACCACGAUGCAGAUCCCCAUUGCCUCAGCGCUUUUACCGUCCACUUCUCGGGGCAGUUCACGGGGACUGGGGCCUGCAGGUACGGUGCGGCGUUCGGGGCACCACCUCCUCCGCCAGCCCCGAGCCAACCGCCACCCGUAGCCGCCCCGCACCACCACCAGCCCCCCAGCAGGAUGUUCAGCAAUCCGCCAUACCUGACCAACUGCAUGGACACGCAGCAGGCGGCCCGCAACCAGACAGGUUACAGCGCAGUUGCAUUCGAUGGAGCCGGUAAUUACGGUCACACUCCUACACACCACAGCUCGCAGUUCUCCAACCACUCCUUCAAACAUGAAGACGCUUUAACUCAGCAGAACACGAUGGGUGAGCAGCAGUAUCCUGUACCUCCUCCUGUCUAUGGGUGUCACACACCUUCAGAUAGCUGUACGAGCAGCCAGGCUCUGCUUCUGAGGAAUCCUUACAACAGCGGUGAAAAUUUAUAUCAAAUGACCUCUCAGUUGGAGUGUGUGGCAUGGAACCCUGUCAAUACACUGGCAUCCACCAUAAAGAGCCACGCAGCCAGUUAUGACAGUGACCCCAGCACCCCGAUGGUAUACAGCUGCAGCACGCAGUACCGCAUACACACACAUGGAGUCUUCAGGGGAAUACAGGACGUGCGGCGGGUGCCCAGCAUCGCUCCAGCCAUCGUGCGGUCAGAAAGCAGCGAGAAGCGCCCGUUCAUGUGCGCCUACCCAGGAUGCAACAAGCGCUACUUCAAGCUCUCCCAUCUGCAGAUGCACAGCCGCAAACACACAGGGGAGAAACCCUACCAGUGUGAGUUCACAGACUGUGGCCGCAGAUUUUCGCGCUCUGACCAGCUUAAAAGACACCAGAGGAGGCACACAGGAGUAAAACCGUUCCAAUGCGAGACGUGUCAGAGAAAGUUCUCUCGGUCUGACCACCUUAAGACACACACACGGACUCAUACAGGUAAAACAAGUGAGAAGCCGUUUAACUGCCGGUGGCCUAACUGUCAGAAGAAGUUUGCCCGAAGCGACGAGCUGGUACGACACCACAAUAUGCACCAGAGGAACCUCACCAAGCUCCAGCUGUCCAUCUGAGUGUGUCUCUGCAGCCCGUUUCCAAGACUAAAAUAUUAACAUGUUAUUUUGCUUAGCCCAAAACAAAAAAGCCUCCGUGGGAGUCUUAAUCUGACAUUUAGGACUUAAAUUUUACGAGCUACACACCACAGUCUGCACUCUGAGGUGAAAUGCAAAUCUGUCUAAAAUCAAGGAGAAUUCUGACAAAGGGGAUGUAGUCUUGGAAACUGCAGUAUAUUACUUAGUUCAUCAGUUCAGUUGAUCUCAAGGCCAGCUCAGAUCAGCUCAUACCUUCCUUACCCAUUCAGCUGACUCUCUCAUUUAAGCUCUCCACUUGCAACAUACCUAUAACUGUGCUUCACCUUUUAUGCUGUAUCUGACUUAAGCAUCUCAUCUUCGUUCUUAAAACCUGCUGUGUCCUGUGAGCAUGAAAUAGGGAGGUGUCUCAGAACAGUGCCAUGCUUCUUAUAUAAAUCACUGCUGAUGGAAAUGAUAAUCUUCUUUUACUGACAUGUGUUUUUGCUUCUGUCAAGAAAUGCAAAAAAAUCCAAAAACAAAAUCAUCAAUGUGUGAAAAUCGCAGCGACCUCCCCAAACACCCUCGUGCAGAGUUGCUAUGUCAUCUGGUAAGAUGCUACUUUGGCCAGUCAUAGUCCUGGUAGAGUACUCAAUGGUUAUUUCCCACUGAGGUUUUUUAUCUUAAACAAAGUACUUCAAACACGCUGUUUUCACCAGCACGUCUACAUAUUUUCAUGCUCUCUCUAUAUUAUCAUUUCUGCAAUAUAUCUAUGUUAUUCUGAGCUCCAAACUCCCAACAUUUGGCCAUGUAUGUUUUCUUUAAGGUGGAAUAACUUCCUAAAACACCUGAGUAUUAGCAGGUUUUUCUCAAACAGCAAUACGUAGUUCUCAGACUGAUGUCUGCUGAGGAUCUGGCUCAGCAGCGAGUGUAUGAAAUUAAAUUACUAAAAAAUAAAGAAAUCUCUGUAUGUCGAUCUACGCAUAGCUUGACAGCUGCUUUCUGUGAUAAUUUGCAGUGUCACGUUUGAGGUUGUUUGGAUGUUUCAGCCUCAUAUAUUAGCUAAAAGUUGCUGCCUGCUCCACUCGGUGUCUAAAGAGGAGGUCCACAUAUACAUGGCUAACAUAAAUCUAAUCCAAAGCCCUUUUACCUCCAGCCUUCACAGUCAAGUACCAAACCCUUGCCCUAAUUCUAACUAUACCUCUAAAACUCGGACUCAGAAAAAGUGUGAACGGUGCAAAAAAAUAAAAAUCCUUCAUCACACUGUUGGUCUUAAAAUGCUUCUCACAAAGAUAGCUCUAUUUUCUAUGGUUUCCAGUCACAGAUGACUUCUGUGUUUGGAGGAGGAGCUCCAACCUGCCACACUCACUCACACACACACACACACACCUUCAGCGAGUGUAUCCUUGUAGCUGUUCUCAGUAACUUCAUGGCUGUGACGCCUUUAGGGGACGUUUGUAAACUGUAGCCAUAAAAAAAUAACCCGUGUUGCACUCUCUCCAAACGGGCGCUAAUUAUGGCACAUGCUAGUCAGUGCAAUGCUGGUAUUUUUAAUUAUUGUAGCCUAAUUAUUGUGACACAGAGGAGUAAUGUUUGAGUGCAGCCUGCUUCCCCAGAUGAUGGUGUUUUUUAUGGGAUUUGUUGACAGUAAAUAACAUACAUAAUCAGUUUUAUAUAGAUUCUCUGUACCCAUGUUUCAGGAGAACCAAGAAGAGAUAACAAAAACAAAAAGCUUCACCUGAUAGUUUUGCUUGAAAGUAAAACGUGUUUCCACCUGCAUAAAAUAUCAUUUCAGGCAAACAUUGGGUGUAAAUGUUCUAAAAAUGUAUGCAAAUCUUUCAUUUUACAUUUCCAUGGCCAGGAUGUGUUCCAGAGGACGCCAGAUCUUAACUGUUCAAUGCUGCAGAGUGAGGUCAAAGGUUAUAGUCAGCGGCCUACAAACCUACAGCUUAGCGCCUUUUCAGCUGUUGUAAAUAUUUCUUUUGCAAAACUACUUUAAGAAGGCGCACAUGUUACCAUUUUGCAUAUAAAACCUGCUUUCACUGGACGGAUUAAAUGCAGAGAGAGAUAUUUUUUUUAAUCGUCCUUUUAACAAUAAGCUGCUUUUAAUCUGAAAGAAUCAAAUCAAGAGAAUAACUUGCAGCUUUGCAGCACUCGCUCUGUGAAAGCUUUUGGUGUUUUGUCUGGUCUGCAUAAAAUAUCUCGUUGCCACAAACAUGACUUUACGGCUGUAUUUAAAAAGCUGAACUUUUUUGUUGUUGUUGUUGUUGAUUAAUGUGACUUUUUUUUUCUUGGAGCUCAGUUGUCUCUUGUCCCUGUGGUGUGUAAAUAUUGCUGGACUUUGGCAGUGUUUUCAGCACUGCGAGCUUUAAAAUAUGUCUGCCGGGUCACACUGGCUCUGUGGCCGAGACAUUAUGGUCAAGAUGUAAAUAAUACUUCUUCAUCAUGGGAACUGAACUGUUUUCAUAGGGGGAAAGAUGUAAAUUAACUGAUAUAUAUUAGACUUCUCUUUGGAUGAAUCGAGAAACUGUUUAUAUUUUUCUUUCUUUUCUUUGAAGUGUAUUAAUAUUGGAGUCAUAAAACAGAAAAUGUCAGUGAAACAUUUUGUACUCAAAGUGUGAGAUUGAAAAUUUCUCUCUGUUUAAAUGUCUUGUGACUGUUUUGAUACAGUAAGAUUUGGCCUCUGUGGUUGUUUUUUGUCAUUUUGUGUCCAGUUUCUGCUGUGGUAUUAUCUCACAGAGAAUAAUCUACAAGUCUUUUUUUUUAAAACAUUAGAUAACAGAAAAUAAGUUGUAGAAAGACCCAAAAGACUUAAAGUGAAAUAUGUGCAAAAUCUAAGACUAUACAUUAGCUGACCUUGACCGGGGUUUCCUCCCAGAGCACACAAGAGACCUGUUUCUUCUUCCCUACAUACAUCCUGCCCUGUUUGUGGCUAAAACAACACUUUUUAACUUAAAAUUUAAUGAAUGAAACAUUAUGGAGUGUACGCGCUCCAGCUGACGCAGACUUGCACAAUAAGAAAACACACACACAGUACAGUACAGUACCAUCCACCUUCCUUUCUUUAUCUCUCACCAGAUUCCUGGUUGCAUUCCUUGACUCUCAGUGAAAAAAAGAAGAAGCAGCCAGAUAAAGAUGGACGUGUUUUCUUUCAGCCCCUCUCUCCUGCUGCUUUGCUUCCACUCCUCUCAUUCUUCCUCGUGCACCAUUAGCUUCACUUUUAGGUCAAAAGACAUUCUUUUGUUCUUUUUUUUUUUGGUAUUAUUAUUAUUAUUAUUAUUUAUUAUUAUUUAAGAAAGACGACAGUCCUCAACAGUCACAUGAAAAAAACAACAACAUGGAGGAAAAAGCAGACAGAUGAGUGUAGAGACGGAUAAUGACAGAGUAAUGCUGCUUCCUUUGUGAACUUUUAUCACAAGUUUAGCCAAAGUGUUAGAGUAAAUCAGACAACGUGUCCGAUUCCCUCGGUGGAAAUCCCCUGAAACUCCCCAGGGCUCUUGUGCUAUAUCUCAGCUGUCGGACGAGACCUACAUCUCUCAUCUCUCCUUCUACCCUUACUGUGUGUGUGUGUGUGUGUGUGAGUGUGUGUGUUCGUUCAUGCCGCUAAGGCCCUUUGAAGUAACAAAGCUGGUCAGUGUAACAACUUGUGUCCACUUGCAGUAGCCACAUUCGAUGCUAUAUCUAAAUGUCCUAGCAAAAAACAGGGAUCGGGCCCAUUAGAGGUGGAGAAGAAAAACAUGCCUCGCGGUGCUUCUCAAACGUAAAGCGCUUUACCUUUUAGCUCCUUAAUGGCAAACACGUCUUUACUCAGUUUGAGCUAAUGUUCUGCUCAGUGUCAAGCAAUGAGUUGCUUCUGAGGUCAAGUCAACCAGUUUUUUAUGCUAGUUUUGAUUUUAGGGUGCAAAAACUGUUCUAGUUUAAUUUCACUGCUCUCUGACUGCCACCGCCUGUAGAGCUGCCGCAGACUGAUGCUUUUAACUGAAAAAGAAAAAAGAUAAACUAUUUGUUUUAUAUAUAUCCAGAGUAAUCAAAGAGUCAGAUAUUUUAAUCUAGAAGUUGUAUUAGUCCAAGCUAUUUAGGUGCUGUAUUGUGGAGAUGUAAAUGUUUUGCGUUAGAGCAUUAGUCAUGGCACAACGAGUCUCUUCGUCCUUUUGGACAACUGUAGUCCCUGCAAUGACCACAUCAGGCUUCAAGAAAACAUAGAAAACGUAUAAAAGAUGGAUGUUUUUGAUUCACUGAAAAGUGAGUCAAACACGGAUCUUCCUGGUUGCAGACUUUUGUAGACAUUCUCCUGAUGAGUUUGUUGUCUCAGAUCUUAAUGAAUAAAACAUUAAAUCUACUUUUUACAUUUUGGUCAUUCUACAUUUUAUAAAGGAUGAUUUUCCAGGGAACACUCAUUGGCUAGCAGCUUGUCUGUCCCAAGUUCUUGGCCAAUGAGUGACAAUGAGAACAAAAUGCAGCCGACGUCUCUGUAGCUGAUUUCUUCUGCACAGGGUGUAAAUGGGACGUCACCAGAUCUACCAUUAGUAUUAGCUGGUAACACUGCAAACUCUGCCCUUUUAUUCAAAUGUGGUAGUUCUUCUUUUCUUCUUUUAUAUAUUUUUAAACAUCACAGUAGCUACAUCCAUCUUUUAUAUACAGUCUAUGGCUUAAAUCAGCAUUGUUUAGAAAAACAUCACAUACUGGAGGAUACAAAGGUUAAAGGUGUUAUGGAUGAGUGAUCUUACACAUUAGUAGAAAUACCCUGAUCUCAUGAAAUGUUUUGCCCUUUAAUAUCAGCAAAAACACAAGUGGAAAUAAUAACUUUCAUGAUGGCAAAGUUCCAUUUAGUUUCCAAAUAAGCAAUUCACCCUCUUGAAUAAGGUUAUGAGGUUUUAUGUGUCAGGACAUCUGGUCCUUAGCAGGAAGAUUAGGUAGAAUACAACGUCAGAUUGACUACAAAACAUGACAUAUUACUGUGUAUCAUUAUUUA